AUGAAUGAAGCAAAAUACGUGGUAGAGUUUUUUGGCCGUUUAACAAUGGUUUUAUCAUUAAACUUAACAAACACAUCGUGGGAUUUACAGUCACCUUCUAUGAAAGAAAAAAUGAGAACUGAAAACCGAGACACCAGAGAAACAAAUCGUCCAGAUUUUGCUUUGAUAAAUAAUUCUGGUUAUGAAUUAAUUAUGCUAGAAGUUGCAGUGACUGACAAGCUUAAAAUUAUGUUUAUUUUUGGAACAAAAAGAAUCCCACUUUCAACAUUACCAUCACAAACAUCGUCAUUCGAUACAACACCAAGAAUUCUAUUAAUAUCAUCAAUACUUAGGAGCUUGAGGCAUAAAAUCAAUACCUCAAACAAGACCAUGAGUAGAUUAUUAAUAAACGAUAAUAUUAUUGACUUAUUCCAUCACCGAAAAUACUUAUCAGAUGGCGAGUACUCUUUUCUGAAGAAGCUUUUUACGAUAGAUUACAAUAUUGAAAAGAUACAAUUUGAUUUGUUGGAAGAAAUCGAAAAAAUAUACAAGCCUGGAGAAAUAGAUAAAAACAUGGGUAUUAUUAGAAUCAAUCAUAAAUUUUCAAUUGACACUUUUUCAGAACGUCAAAAGUUGUUCAUAAUUUCUAUGGUUGAAGAUUUCUUAUUAAAGUUUCAGUUGGGUUUUUUCAAGUCUGAUUUCAUGAAUGAAGCAAAAUACGUGGUAGAAUUUUUUGGCCGUUUAACAAUGGUUUUAUCAUUAAACUUAACAAGCACAUCAGAUUUACAGUCGCCUUCUAUGAAAGAAAAAAUGAGAACUGAAAACCGAGACACCAGAGAAACAAAACGUCCAGAUUUUGCUUUGAUAAAUAAUUCUGGUUAUGAAUUAAUUAUGCUAGAAGUUGCAAGAAAAAUACCUGUACCAGAUAAUUUAGUUUUAAUUGGUUUAUUGUCUAAGAAUAAUGAAUUGGUGUUUAAAGGAAUGAUGAGAUUUGAUGAUUUUUUGAUCCAAAAUCAAUUAUUUGUGGCUGAGUUCAUAAUAUAA